CCCCCACAGCCUACAAGCACCAUGAAUCCCUCCCCAGGACCCUCUGCCCUGUCUCCAGGAUCAUCACGUUUAUCCAAUUCUCACACACCUGUGAGACCCCGUACCUCUAGUACUGGCAGUCGAGGGAGCUGUGGGUCAUCAGGAAGAACUGCUGAGAAGACAAGUCUUAGUUUCAAGUCUGAUCAAGUGAAGGUCAAGCAAGAACCUGGGACCGAAGAUGAAAUAUGUAGUUUUUCAGGAGCUGUGAAACAAGAAAAGACAGAGGAUGGCAGGAGGAGUGCCUGCAGGUUGAGCAGUCCUGAGAGUAGCUUGACACCACCUCUCUCAACCAACCUGCAUCUAGAGAGUGAACUGGAUGCAUUAGCAAGCCCGGAAAACCAUGUGAAAACUGAACCUGCAGAUACAAAUGAAAGCUGCAAACAGUCAGGGCUCAGCAGCCUUGUUAAUGGAAAGUCCCCGAUUCGAAGCCUUGUACACAGGCUGUCAAGGAUUGGAGGAGAUGGCAACAGCAAAGAUGAUGACCCAAAUGAAGACUGGUGUGCUGUCUGCCAAAAUGGAGGGGAUCUCUUGUGCUGUGAAAAAUGUCCAAAGGUCUUUCAUCUAACUUGUCAUGUUCCAACACUUCUUAGCUUCCCAAGUGGGGACUGGAUAUGCACAUUUUGCAGAGAUAUUGGGAAACCAGAAGUUGAAUAUGAUUGUGAUAAUUUGCGACAUAGUAAGAAGGGGAAAACUGCACAAGGGUUAAGCCCCGUGGACCAAAGGAAAUGUGAACAUCUUCUGCUUUACCUCUAUUGCCAUGAAUUGAGUAUUGAAUUCCAGGAGCCAGUUCCUGCUUCGAUACCAAACUACUAUAAAAUUAUAAAGAAACCAAUGGAUUUAUCCACCGUGAAAAAGAAGCUUCAGAAAAAACAUUCCCGACACUACCAAAUCCCAGAUGACUUUGUGGCUGAUGUCCGUUUGAUCUUCAAGAACUGUGAAAGGUUUAAUGAACUCUGGUAUCCUUUUCAGAUGAUGAAAGUUGUUCAAGUUUAUGCAGAAACCGAGAUUAAUUUGAAGGCUGAUUCAGAAGUAGCUCAGGCAGGGAAAGCAGUUGCAUUGUACUUUGAAGAUAAACUCACAGAGAUCUACUCAGACAGGACCUUUGCACCUUUGCCAGAGUUUGAGCAGGAAGAGGAUGAUGGUGAGGUAACUGAGGACUCUGAUGAAGACUUUAUACAGCCCCGCAGGAAACGCCUAAAGUCAGAUGAGAGACCAGUACAUAUAAAGUAAAAUGACAUGAACUUAAAUAAGUGUUUAAAAAAAAAAAAA